AUGUUCGAUAAAGUGUUCGAACUCUGGAGAGAGACUUUCCCAAAGAAGGAGCAUAAUCUGAUGAGAAUUGAAUAUGUGGCAGCCAUCGAAGAGUUCAAUGAGUAUUUCCCAGGAUAUGCAGCAAUGAAUGAUAAGAACUACGACAAACUUCAGAGGUAUAUUCGGAUUCUCCGCCCAAUUUAUUGUAUUCCAACACUUCGGAAAGCAUUCUCAGCAGCUUUCGCUUUGGAGAACUCAAUUGAUGAAUAUUUGGAGAGGAACGUGCAAUAUAAGAGAAAAGGCUUGACUGGCGAAUGGGCGAUUCAAAUCUUCACCGACCAUAAUGAUCACAUCAUCGAGCGAUACCGGGAGUACAAGAAACAACGACUUGAGAAGCUAGCUCGAACAUUCGAAGAGAGAAAGAAGAAGGCUGAUAAAAUAGCUCAACGAAACGAGUUCCGUCUAAAAUGGCUACUUGGAAGAGAGGGAUUCUAUGAGUACAACAAAUCUCGUUUAGCCGUGAUGGAGAAGGAACAAUCAUUGACUGGAAAGAAUUUGGCUGCAAGGAAAGAGGCUCAGAAGAACGCACGACCAGUUAUCAGUUAUGAUUAUUGA